GAUGUGUAAGUUUCCAAUUGAUUUAUCAGAUUAAGUAGAAUAUCUUAUUCAAUUUGUUUAGCAAUUUGCGUAAAAUAUUUUAAAUUAUAUUUUUGCCACAAAGUUCAACGUUUUUCUGCCACAGUGCACCGGUGGGCUCACGCGAGAAGAAGAAAAACAAAUCUCUGUGACACACGUGGUGGGAAGAAAUGCAACUGUCAGGCCAUGCACGUACCUAUAGAAAAGAAAAAUGUAACAUUCGUCUGAAACGACUUUUUCCAUUGGGGGCUGCAUUAUCCACCCCAGAACGUUUCUCGAGUCGACACCAGUCGACGGAAUAAAAUGUAUUUAUAAGACCGACUUAGAAGACGUGGCCUCAAACCAAAGAUACAUCUCACCAGGGUCUCUAGUACUGAGAAUCAGAAUCAAUUUAUCCUUGCCAGUGACAGUAAGUGCGUGCGUGGAAACGGUGCCGUUGGAGUACACAAUGAUCGGAAAGGCCCUAGUACUCGCAGCUACGCUAGCCGUAGCAGCUGCAGCUCCUGUAUACGGUCCCAUCUCCUACGGUCCACAUCUAUCGUACGGAUACGCCGCCAAAGCCAUCCAACCUCUGCACACAGUCACACUAGCCAAGCCAGUCGUGGCGGCAGCCCCACUCAUUCACCAUGCUCCGGUGAUAGCUCAUGCUGCCCCCCUGGUCAAGCACGUCGAAGCCUAUGAUCCAAACCCUCACUACAGCUUCAGCUACGGAGUGGCCGAUCCUCAUACCGGAGAUUCUAAGCACGCUGAGGAAACCCUUGCCAACGGAGUGGUGCACGGAAGCUACUCUCUGACGGAACCGGACGGCACCAUCCGUAAGGUUACCUACACCGCUGACAAGAUUCACGGAUUCAAUGCAGUCGUUGAAAAAUCUGGCCACGCUGUGCAUGCGGCACCUGUCUUCAAGAAGGUCGUGGCUCCAAUCGUGCAUGCGGCCCCAAUUGUACACUACCACCAUUAACUGUCGCCAGUGGCGAAUCGCCGAACAGCCUUUAAAUACAGCUUGUAUGAUACUUUUUUGUUUAGUAUGUAAGAGUAGUGCAUAAGUAAAUAAAUGGACGUAGUCUGUCGUCGUUCACGCGACGAUAGGUAAAAUCGGACGAAACCAAUAAAAAUGGAUUGAAAUUCGAUUGUAGACGUCUGAACAGACGUUGCAGUUGCAUUACUUGUAUUUAGCAAAUGAUGUAUCUGUCCUCUUUCUUCUCAAUAAAAAAGAUUUCACAGAUAACAGAAAACGACGUUUUACCCGUCUCAAAGCUAAUGCACUGGCCUCUUCUUCCACACGCGUCGUACAAAAUCAUGUUGUUCACGUCUUCGAUAGCAUUGCAUCAGGCAACGCAGAUAGAAUACGUGAUCGGAGUAGAUUAACAUGCAGGCCUCCCGCGUGCGUCGAUUGUUGGUAUUGUUCGGUUUUCAAAGGUCAUUUCUUCUGACGCGGCUUAUGUUGUAACGUAGUCAUGACCAGGUUUCGAGUUUGGAUUUCAUCAGAACGCAACGUUUGAUGUGUGAAAAUUGCAAUCCAUAUCUACAUAGUUACAUGUGUCUGUUUUUCAUUUCGGCUCAUAGUCACAGUGAAAGUUCAAAUUAUUUUGGAAUCAAGCCACUAAUGAUUUAUUGUUUUGCAAACUUUAUAUACCUAUAUCGAAAAGUUUCAAUCGAAUGAGAAUGUGCUCAUAUCCAUGUACUAAAAAUGUCAACUCGAUAUUGAAGGGACCAUGGAGGUAAAGGACUCAAUACCAGGGCAAAAGCUAUCCAAGCGGCCAUGAAAAACAACUUUAUUUCCGUUAGUUGUAAGUCAAAUAAGACCAGACAUGGUCGUUUAUUAUAGUGUACAUUGGUAUAA